CCUCAGCCUUCAGUAACUCACAGCUCCUCGCUUUUCUCCAAAUAAGGCCACGAGUUGAUCGACUGGCGAUUUGGAUUAUUGUGGUUCUCGGAUGCCGCUGCUCCUUCAUACCCAGCCUACAAGCAACAUCUACCUCUGCGGCCUGCUUGUCGCAAUAUUCGGAUAAUUGAAUGGUUGGACUCCAUAAUGUCAGCUACCACAAGCAAAGCUUCUGAGAUUUAAAGUGACCAAAGUGAAACAUUAUCCGAGGUGAUCUUUGCGUUUCCAGGACGCCUGCAUAGGAAGGUUUUCCACAUCUUCUGCCUCACGUACGAGUCAGUACAAGCAUGUCAGCGCCAGGUUAUCCAUCUCCCCAGCAGCCUCCGUACCCCAUGCCUCAGCCCAGUCCUUACGGCGGGGCCCCAUACUCCGGGCCCCCAGGGGGUUAUGGGGACCCAGGUCAGGCACCCCCUGUGGGAUUCCAAAUGGGCUAUCAGCCACAGCCAGGCCAGCCAGUCAUGUACCAGCCGGGACCGGCCAAUCCCAUGCCUUACCAGUCGCCGAUGGCCAACCCUGAAUUUGGGGCUGGUAACAUGGGACAGGGUCCUAUGGCAACCGGAAGUCCAGCUGUUCCCAUGUCCGUCGCCGUCGGGGUCCCUCCGGGCUUGGAGUAUCUAACACAGAUUGAUCAGAUCUUGGUACACCAGAAAGUGGAGCUAUUGGAAGCUUUUAUCGGCUUCGAGACCAACAACAAGUACGAGAUAAAGAACAGCAUGGGGCAGAAGAUCUACAACGCCAAGGAGAAGAACGACUGCUGCACGCGCAACUGCUGUGGUUCGCUGCGGAGCUUCGACAUGAAGAUCAAGGACAACACGGAUCGCGAGGUCAUUCGCCUGGUGCGCCCCUUCCGAUGCGCUUCCUGCUGGUGCCCCUGCUGCCUGCAGGAGUUAGAAGUACAGGCUCCGCCUGGAACCACCAUUGGCUAUGUGGUCCAGGACUGGCACCCCUGCUUGCCAAAAUUCUCAAUCCUAGGGCCGUCGCGGGAAACCAUUCUCAAGCUGGAUGGCCCGUGCUGUGCCUGUAACUGCUGCGGCGAUAUCAACUUUGAGUUAAAGGGUAAGGAUGGUGAUGCACCAAUUGGGAGGAUCAGCAAGCAGUGGAGCGGCUUGCUGAAGGAAGCCUUCACCGAUGCGGACAACUUCGGAAUCCAGUUCCCCCUAGACAUGGACGUGAAGGUCAAAGCCGUGCUGCUGGGUGCCUGCUUCCUCAUUGACUUCAUGUUCUUCGAGAAGGUCAAUGAUGAGAAGCAGCGCAAUACAGUCUUCUCCUGAGAAGGAGAGAGAGCGGAUUGACAUGGAAGGAAGUCCGUUCUGUUAUGGCACCCUAUCCCUCGGCCUUCCUGUGGGGGUGGGGGAGGGGGGUGUCAUCCUCUGGGUCCUUUGGAGCUUGUUUCUGCAAGGAUGGUUUGUAAAUUUUGUGGAAGCUUAUUGCCAUUCAUUAAUCUUAGUGUCUGUGUGACAAUUAAUAAAACGUUAAAUUUUUGUGAAUCAGCGUUGUUCUAGUUCGAUGUCACUCUUCAUUUUCAUUAGAUAAAUGUAUUAUGCCCUAAUUGUUAACAUCAGAUAUAUAGACAUGCUAAGAUAAAUGUUUACUCUAACAUUAUCCUUAUUACUAAGUAGUUAAAGAUAACAGAAUUUCCAGUUUUGUCAUUUAUAGUCUUAGUUGCAUAAAAUUAAUAAAUUCCAUAUAAAAAUCAGUUUUUUUGGGGUGACCCGAAAUACAGACAACAUGCGUACAUGUAGAAUAGAAGUUAUUUUUUUCAGUACAAUAUUCAGUAACUGCAGUAAAUUAAUGUGCCUUCAUUUAUUUUUUUGUAUUUUUUUAUAUGGUAAAUCGGGAAAUAACCUAGUCAGUCUCUGAAUGAUGUCACAGAGCGUGAACUCCUAUGAAAAUCGCUGACUCCAGCUAUGUUGCGUUAUUAAACCAACUCCCUUAUUCCUCAAUUAUAACUGAGCCUUUUCUUAAAAAAAAUGUGAUUUGCAGUGAGCAGUUAAAACCAAGUUUUGUUUUGUUUUUUUUACAGCACCAAAGAAACUCUGUAAACUGGAAAGGCUCGGAACAAUAUUGUUGAGCUUUAGUCCGAGUUGUAUUUAAUUUUCCUUAGAUGAUAAUUUUCAGUAAUUUUUCAAGGAAUAGUUUCUUUCCUUACAGGGCCAGUGCAACCCCAGUUAGGAAAUGACAGGGGCAAAGUACGAUUGCUCAGGAAAACAAGGAUUGGGGUCAGGUGAGCAAAUUAUGUUGCUGUGCAGGUGACAGAAAUGCAUGACAAAAUGUGCGUGUUCAGCAGUUAGCAGUGACGGCUGCUGGUGAUCUUUGGUGUUGGGUGGAGGCAUCUUUACACCAGCUUCGUUGUGAAAUGGAUGAUGUGAUGAUUAAUGGAAACGCAUGUGAUUCAUUCUGCUUGUGUGCCAAAGUCCUGCUCAGACUCCAAAGACGUCUCAUUAGGCCUUGGUAUCCGAGUCUUUAAAUGCCAGAGGUGUGUUACUUCCAGCUAAACGUGGACCAACCUUGCUUAAAAUCUACUUGGGCCUGAAUGCUUUUAGACCCUACACCUACUGUGUCGUUCCUUUGUUUACUGUAUUGUAUACUCAAUUUUUUAAUACACAUAAAACCACUGAAGAGAAACAAUGUGUGUGGAACCCAGUCAAUAAACACUUCAGAAAGCAA